AUGGUCGAAAAAUUUCCAUUAGAACUAUUGAAUGAAUUAUUCAACCUGAUUGGAAACGAUUACAAAACACUUUAUUCGUGUAUUUUCGUUAACAAAUUAUGGUAUGAAACUUUCGUUCCAACACUAUGGAGAAAUCCAUUACAAUCCAUGCAUAAUAUCAAGAUAUUAAUUAAUUGCUUGUUGGUAGAAGAUAAUGACUUUGUGAACCAAAAAAAUAUUAAAUUGCCCUCUCAUUAUUUGCUCGAAAAACCUCCUUUACUUAAUUACGCCAGAUUUGUCACCAUUUUAAACCUAAAGAUGACUAAAUCACUCAAUCAGUUAAUGCGUCUCAAGUACAAGGAUGAAACCUUAAAAGAUAGAUUUGUAAGGUUCAUCAUGAGUCAUUCUUCCAUUGAAUACCUCAACACAUCACUUCUUAAAGCCAAAUCAAUAAUUAAUGAUCCCAAUUUUAACGAUUGUUUUCGGAACCUUAAAGAACUUGAAACUGCUGACGAUUAUAGUUCAAGUAUAUUUAAAGAAUUAACCAAAGUCUGCGAUAAAAUUCAAGUGUUUAGAUUACAUUACAAAAAUGUUAAGAAUGAUAAUGGUAUAUUGGCAAAGUUAAUUGAAGUGCAAAAUAAGGUCAAAAAAGUGUACAUUUAUUUAUCCAAAACAUGUAAAUUCGAGAAAUUGGAAUUGGUGGAUGCAAUAUCAAGUCACUCUAAAUCGAUAGUUGAAUAUCAUAGCACUGGAUUUACUGAGAUGGAUUUAUCAAUAUUAAGAUUUCAAAAUUUGGUAACAUUACACUUGGAGAAUAUUAAAGUGAAUGAAAUUGAUUUACCAGAACAAAUCAAGUCUACUUUAUUCCCAAACCUUCAAAAGUUUACGAUUAAAGAUUUUCAUGGGAAUUCGUUUUUAAAUAUUUCAAAUUUUGUUGAAAUUAAUGGAAUGGGUCUUACAUAUUUAGAGAUUGGUGGGAAUCCAUUUGAUGAGGAUAACCUGAAGAUACUCCUUCUGUCAAUUGGACGAAAUUGUAAAAAUUUGGAGAGUUUAACAACAUUUUAUGACGAUCAUAUGGAACAUGCAAUUGGUGAAAUACUUUAUAAUUGUAAUUAUUUGAGAAAAAUCUAUCUAAGAUUAAUUGAAGGGGUACUCAUCUAUGUUGAUGAUUUAAUCCAUCCUUUGAGCCAUUCAAAAAGUCUAAUAAGCAUUAAAUUUGGAAAUUAUAUUAGAAUUUCUGAUGCUGCAUUAUCUUAUUUGAAUGAAAUCUGGUUAGGUCCAAAACCUCUGUUGUUAAGUUAUAGUAAUUACAAACAAUGCUUUUUAGGAGAAUCACCAUUUUCUAGAUUGAAAAGAUAUGAAGAAAUGGGACUUUUGAAAUUUGAAAUUACAGAUGAGGAACCUGUUAAUGAUGUUUUUGAUCCGUAUCAUCAUCUUGAUUACUUUUAUUAUGAAGAUAAUCAGGAUUAA